GUAAAUAAAAGUCUCCAGAGAGAGAGAGAGAGAGAGUGAAAGAGAGAGACUUCGGCUCCCUCGCGGUUGCAAGGGUUGAUCGUGAAUUCGACGAAAGCGACGAUCGAACGACGACGACGACGACGUCCUCCUCCAAGGUAGACGACCUCAGGCCUCACGAUGGCCUCGACUUCCAGCAGCACGUCGCCCGACGUCCAGGUGCUGAUGGGCAAGGGCAAGCGCGGUGCGGCGGCCUACAUUAGCUUGGCUACCGGUCGGGACACGUACGGCAGCUCUCCACCGUAUCUCAACGAGCUGCUGGACGUCCUGCUGAACCCCAGCAAACCCAUCGACGACUGGGAGACCAUCGACUGGUGCAAGUGGCUCAUGGCUCGUGGCCAGACACCCGACGAGUUCGCCAGUACAGUACGCACUUAUGAUAACGCUACCACCUGCGGUCUGGUAUGGACACCAAACUUCGUGGCGUAUCGCUGUCGUACAUGCGGCAUAUCUCCCUGUAUGUCCUUGUGCACAGAGUGUUUCAAGAAAGGAAAUCAUUAUCGCCACGACUUCAACAUGUUCCUCAGUCAAGCUGGUGGUGCAUGCGACUGUGGCGAUACAUCUGUGAUGAAGGAGACUGGAUUUUGUGAUAGGCACGGGCCAAACGCUGCUGUAAAUAAAUCAGUUGCGCCGAGUGAUCUGAUGUGCGUAGCCGAGGCGAUGAUGCCCAGAAUUAUUCUUCGACUUAUACAACAUUUACGUGAAAACAGUAAAAUGGGAGUGCCGGAUCACAGAGGUGCUAUACACGAGGCAGACUCAUACCUGACCAUGUUGCUCGACUUGAACAACAUGGGCGCAUUAAUGAGGCACGUCAUGACGUCAGCUCUCACGAAUCCGCAAAAGUACCGAGGUCUCAUGGAUCCCUCUGUCUUAACGGGUCAAACGGAGUACGACAGCUAUUGUCAAGAUAGCAAUAAAAUAUAUCAGCAUGCUGUGAAAUCGCUACCAAAUCCCGAGCCUCCAGACGAAUAUAAAGAAUGUGUGUCGCUUCAAGAGCACUUGGAACACACCACAUUUUUAGAAGAACUGAUGUUCUGGACGGUCGCUUACGAGUUUCCGCAGAAAUUAGUCUGUCUGCUUUUGAACAUGUUGCCGGAUCCCGAUUACAAGGAAGCUUUAACUCGCGCCUUUGUCCUACACUACAGCAGAAUCUCGAUGAUGCUCGAACGAUCCACCGAUCCCGACACGUUGAGCAAUAGGGUGGUCCACGUAAGCGUACAGCUGUUUAGUAACGAGAAGCUAGCACUAAGGAUGGUUGAUCAAUUGAAGUUACUACACGUUAUGGUUAUUAGCUUGAAAUACAUGAUGAGCAAAAUACUCAUUCAAAACACCUUGCAUGAUCCGGAUAAAAACUUUCACUAUGUUGUGGACUGCGGUCGUCAAGUGAUGAAGGAGCACUGUUACUGGCCACUGGUUUCCGACUUGAACAACGUGCUCUCGCACAAGCCAGUCGCUGUCCGAUUCAUGAGCGAUAAUACUCUUCUGGAAAUGUGGUUCGACUUCCUGUCUAUGUUUCAAGGCAUGAACGUCAAUCAGAGGGAGCUAAGUCAGCACGUCGAGUUCGAGCCCAACACGUAUUAUGCUGCGUUCAGCGCCGAGCUGGAGGCCAGCGCAUAUCCGAUGUGGGCUCUGGUGUCGCAUCUCCGUGGACCCGAGAGUGCGGCCUUAAGUCGGCAGGUGCUCACCUUCUGCCUUACAGCUCUGCAGGAUUGGCUCGACGCCGUGAACUACACGCAUCCGAAUGUGAGCGAUAGUUUGCAAGUGUCGUUUCAUCUACCGCUUCAUCGAUACCUCGCGGUGUUCAUGUGUCAGGCGAUCAGACAGCAGGGAGCAACUCUGCGUGAAUUAUUGCCGCCCACGGAUAUGCUGCACCUUCUCAUGAUGCAUCCGCUGCGAGUGCAGGUGGCCUUCUAUGAGAUUUUGAAUGGAUUGUGGGUCCGCAAUGGAUUGCAAAUAAAGGGCCAAGCAAUGACCUACAUACAGUGCAAUUUCUGCAAUUCCAUGGUGGACGCCGAUCUGUACUUGCUGCAAAUCUGCGCCACGAAGCUAAUGCCGGAUGUCUUUCUGAAAACCGUCAUCGAAAAAUUUCACGUGAGAGAAUGGAUGAGUUUGUGCCUGUAUCAUGCUCCACAAAAUGAAUAUCUCGAGGGCGAGUAUGAUACCCCGAUGUUGGAAAGUUGCCUGACAUUUUUGGCUACAUUAGUUAACGUCAGAACAAAUCUCGGUUUAUCAGAUCCUGAAAUGUCUCGUCUUGAAAUGGUGACAUUAUUGUGUAUGGGUGAUAAGACGCAUAGCCAAUUGAUGGAACUAAUGCCGGAACGCUGUGGAACUACUCAGAACAGGGACUUUGAAUCUGUUCUGGCUGAUGUAGCGCAAUACAGGGCCCCGAAUCUCGAGGCAAGUGGCAAUAUGCAACAGGGUAUGUACGGACCAAAGGCUCGCGUGUGGGACGAGUUGUUUGAUCCUUUACACGUAUUGCUGAGAGCAGUCCAUAGAAGAGACUUUCAAGUGUCUAUGGAUCGUUUCACAGAAUACGUGAAGCAAUCGGGCAAGCUAAAGAACAGUGCAACUCUCUGGCCGCCAUUUAGGCAACCGGCUCCGGUCUCGUCGGACUACGAUGACCCUCGUAUAGUCCUACGUUCCAGAGUUUUUCAUACUAUGAUCCUGAUAAUACUCUAUAAGGCUGUGAACGGGCAUAACAUAUCGGAGCAUGUUAUGGCACUGACUAUUUAUCUCCUAGAGAUGGCGGUUAUUACUGCGGAACCGCCGGAUAAAUCCGUGAGCCCUUUAUGUCAAUACACCGGUGGCACCUCUCGUAUGAUAAAGGACAUGGAUUUGUCUGGAUGGUACGAAAGCGAUAGCUUGUCCGAAAAUCUGAGGACAGUGAUACCUCGAGUGAUUCUAGUCCAAGAGUCAGAGCCUAGCAGCCCAGACAGCGAAUUCGAGUGGGAGAUGAUCCAAGGAGAGAUGAACGAGGUGGCGACAUCCUUGAUGUUAAAUGACGGUGCGGAUGACGGCGCAGAGGAAGUCUCCUUCGAACUGUUGGGAUUUUCUGUAGACACCGUUAGAGAUGACAGCGGUGUGUCGAAUGUUAAUACAUCGCUGCCUUUACUACCGUCAGUCGAGAAUGCUACAUCUCUGGUGCCAGCAUUACCAUCAACAAGCGUAGAAUAUGAUGUGGCAAUUGUACCUGAAGACGGAAUCGUCGCCAUAGCUCGUAGUAACAGUGAGGAUGACUUAACGAUACCUUUGCAAAGAGCUCUACCACCAUCCGGGGAAGAAUCCAUGGCUCUAGCUAUCGAAACGCCUCCUUCACCAAAUAAUGUAGUCGACGACCAGCCAGCAUUACCACCUGCUCCGCAACGCCCGGCGGUUAUGGCCGGAAAUGAAAUAGUUCCAGCACAACCAGUUAACUAUAGGGCUACAGAAAUCGUUCCAUCCACGUCGAAUCCUCACAAACAUUUUAAGAGGAGAGAGCCACAAGGUGGACCAAUGCAACCGCAAUCCGUAAAAGUGGGAGAGAGUAUAAUCUCCUUGCUGUUAAAGCUGCAUUCGCAACUAUCGGGCGCACCAGACAGCUACAAUCCCGAACAAAAUGCAAUGGACAACGAAGCCAGUAGCUGCUGCAGCAGCAGCAGCAGUAGCAGUGGCUCUUCCACAUCAUCAUUGCCCAGUGAAUCACGAAUCGGCGAUGGGCCAUUCUUCAUAUCGCAGCUACUUAGGAAAAUAGCAGAUUUAGAUCCUAUGUGCAAACAGACGAUCAUCGAGACUAGGAACAAAUUGUGGCCCCGUAUGCAGGAGUGCGAGGAAGACGAGCAGCGCGAAAAGGAGAACCGCGAGCGGGAGGAACGACGAAAGAGAGCGAAGGAGAGACAGCAAAAACUGAUGGCGGAGUUUGCUAACAAGCAGAAGCAGUUUAUGGAGAAAGCGAUGAAAACCGGUAAAUUAUCUGUUUUGCAGGAAGCAGGUGCAUCUAGGAUGGAGUGGGAUCAGGAGGAGAAUGAGACUAAAAUGACUAGUAAAAAGGAGUACCACUGUGUGAUAUGUAAUCAAACCACUCCCAGCAGUGAAGACAAACCGAUGGGACUCGUUGUAUUAGUUCAAGCAACUAGCGUUAUUGGCCUCGAACGACAACAAUCGGAGAGGCUAGCUCUUCCCACGUCCGACGAUGAUCCACCUAUACCCGAGGAAGAUACUCGAGGCGCCCAUUUUGACCGCAAACUGGAGGAAAUGGCUGAAUUAUUCGACACGUUUUCUUGGCUGCUCUCGAUUAAUCUCGGCUGGGACGGUGGUGUCCAUGUGCAAACAUGUGGUCAUCAUUUGCAUCUGGACUGUUUGAAAUCCUAUCUCGAGUCCCUUCGUAGUCAGCAACGGCAGCAGAGUCUAGCGGUGGAACGGGGCGAGUAUCUGUGUCCGCUGUGCCGGCAAUUAGCCAACUCUGUUCUGCCGCUGUCACCGCAAUUGGGCGAAUGCUCGGCGGUGGUGCGAUCUCGUCACGCUUCCACAGAGACCAUUUAUGCGGAUCUGAACACUUUUCUCAAGGAGAUACAACGAAAUCCUGUCUCCUCGAAUCUGGCUGUGGCGAUGGGAAAGGCCAUGGAAGAUAUGACGAGUUGCACGUAUCUAAAGUAUAAGCAAAAGGACUGUAAACCUAGUCACGAAAGCUUGUUCCUUUUUGUAACUUCGGUAGCUCGAACUAAUUUUGAGAUUGAACUUGUACAACGCGGCGGUUCGUUGUGCGUUCCACCACCUACGGCGACACCCCUGACGCCUAAACGCGAUUGCAUAGUCGCGCUUCUUCACGUAUUGGCGAUGCACGCUCGGGUACUGACCACGUGGCCAGUGCACCACGUAUGGCAACAGCUGUCCGGCAUAUCGCUGAUUGAAGAAUCGGCGUCCACGCUCGCCUUGGCGACACGCGAGCGACAGGUUCCUUUGCUUCUGCGAGACCCGACCGCCAUGCUCAUUCAAUUCAUACUGCUGUUGCCGUUGCACUUGGACCAAACGUACUUUUCCGGCGUGGUAAAGGUCCUCUACAACUUGCUGUACUAUCAAGUAAUACUACAGAUAAGCUGUAACUCGUCGCGAACAGAGCGGAACACGAUUCUAAAGAAGAAAUGCAGCUGCGCCACCACGCCCUCGACCAUACUGGCCGAAAUCAUUGAGUAUUUCAGCGAGAGCGGACUCUAUUCCGGCACGGACGACGACAAGCCGUCCACUUCGACCUCUCCCACUUACGUCAGGGUGAAGUCGCAUUACAUCGAGCAACAAAUCCAGACAUUGUGCUUGCCCUUUCUGCGAGUGGCCGCAUUGUUGCGUUAUCAUCUGUACGAACAGCCGCUGCCAGUGAUCAGAACGCAGCAGAGCGAGUUUGUCAGACUGGUGUAUUAUCUGGAGCUAGUCACGGAAGGCAUGAGCUGGGACAGCUUCGACUCAACGGUAGCGCUAAACUGGCAGGAGCCGGAGGCGAGCGUCUCGGUGCCUCUCUUCUGGUGCGAUCAGUUGAUCGCGUUUCUCGCCAAUACCGGUGAGCUCUCGGGAGGCCACCAGUCGGUCCGGAACCUGAUAAUGAAGCAGCACAUAUCGUGGCAUAUGCCGAAACUACUUAGUCUUCCAAGGGAGUACGAGAAGAUCUUCACGUAUUACCACGAACGGCAGUGCAGUACGUGUGAAUCUGUACCGCAGGAGAUCAGCAUCUGUUUGUUGUGCGGCACUAUUGUCUGCCUCAAACAAAACUGUUGUAAACAGAUGAACGUGUGCGAAGCUAUUCAGCAUUCGAUCGACUGUGGGGGCGGGACUGGCAUCUACCUCGUAGUGACCUCGACUUAUAUUAUCGUGAUACGCGGUCGGCGAGCGUGUUUAUGGGGAUCUCUGUAUCUCGACGACUUUGAGGAAGAAGAUAGGGAUCUAAAACGCGGCAAGCCCCUAUACCUCAGCCAGGAUAGGUAUCAGCUUCUGGAGCAGCAAUGGCUGGCACACAGAUUCGACCAUACGAAGAAAACAUGGGUAUGGCAUCGCGACGCUCUGUGACCCAUCACGAUGUUGUCUCAUGUCGCUCGUCGCUCCUAAUUGCAAAAGACUCCCUCCCUGCCUCUCUUUCUCUCUCUAUCUCACUCCCGCAACUCCCACAAUUUAUCCCUCCCCAUCCCACACACACACACAAAAUGCCUCGCCCUUUCGCAGUAAUGUCCGCGCGCUUUAGAGACUAAGGGAGAUAGAUCGUCCUUAACGGAUAUUAUAUAUUUAUUAUGCAAUCGCGAGUAAGUAGUAGAUAUUAAAAAAAAAAAGAUGAAUGAAAGUAUUAAGAAAAAGAACGCUCGUUUGGAGAGGAUAGAUUUUUUUUUAUAUAGCUGACGCGUAAACGACUUGGGUAAUAUGUACUAGAUUCUGUAGAAAUUGUGUAUGCUCUCAAAUUGAAAACCUGUACAUUUUAUUUAAGUAUAUACACAGAGCCGUCAUUUUAACUUUUCCGUAUAAUUGUCUCCAAAAUUAAUGGUCGUUGGAAGAAGGAAUAUUUCAGAUCGAAGUUACACAUUUUUCUUUCAAAUUGUUCCGCUUACACGGAAAAAAAAAUUGAGUAAUUUUGAUCCUAGAUCUUUUGUACAAUAGCCACGAUCUCGGAGAUCGUUGUAGGGAAAAAUUGAAACGAGAGAUAUCUUGUAUAUAUACAUAACAUAACAUAUAUAAUAUAUGCUUAUAAGCAUAAAAAUUACAUCGUAAUAACAAAAAAGGAGUACUUAUCUAGUAUGUAGUGUUUGUAUCUUCUAGGAAAGGACGAUAAUAAUAAUCGGAAAGACAGGUGAGAGAAAACUUGUGUAUUGCUUCGAGCGGAAAAAAACCAUUUAUUUUGAAAGCAAAUAAUUUCAAGAUUUGUUUUUUUUUGUUUUGCUAGAUACUUCGCAGAAUAUUUACAAACGUAAAUUUUUAAUUCUUUCAAAAAAAAACGGCGAAGUUGAAAACAAAAGAUGCGUCAAGAGCAUUAAUGUCGAUCAGGACAUGACAGCAAUCAUGACAUGACAGAUAAAUUAAUAGCUUCUCGUUUCAGAAUGCACACAGUGCAAAACUGAUCCAUUGCAAAAUUAGAAAAAUGGUUCUUAAAAAAUCAUACUACGUAGGACUAUACGGAACUACGUAGAGUAUUACGAGUCUGGAUUAUCCGAUGCCAUAGACAUGUAAAAUAUAUAAUAAUCAUGUUUAUUAAUAUCUAUAUAUAUAUAUUAUAGACAUGUUAUUUCCACGGAUUAUAUUAAUGAUUAUAAAUAUGUAAUCAUGUACCACAUAAUUUUCCAUUUAUAGGCAAAGACCUAACAUUCUGUUCAAACUUUGAUACAUUUUAAUGAAAUUAAUUAUUAAAUUCGU